AUGACCAAAUAUUCAAGAGUUGUUAAAUUUAACCCUUAUACCAUAGAUAAGGAAAAAGAUUUUCCGAUGAUAAAAGAAAAAAAGAGGGAUGAAUACGGACUAGAAAAAAAAGAAGAUAAGGAUACAGAAGAAGACAUAGUAUGGAUUAGAAAACCAAAAAGGUCACAUGUCAAAAAUGUAACAAGGGUAGGAGGUCAAGGUACCUCUAAAGUAUCUAAGUAUAAUUUAAAUAAAGAGACGGAUAUUAAAAGGGUAAGUAAUAGAGAUAUAAUUAGUAGGAAAAGGCCGAUUAAAACGUCGGAAGAUGAUACGGAUCAAGAAGAAAAUGAAUCAAGAAAAAGAGAAAAUGAUCCACUCGAAAUUCUUAAACAGAACAUAAAUCCAAAUUUUAUGGAAGAAUGUGGACAUCAAAUAUUACAAAAUAUAACACCAGAUUAUGUCUGUAACAAACAAGAUAGUUUUAGUAAGAAUAAUAAUGAAGAAACAGAAUUGAUGUCACCUUUCAAAUAUAAUGAAUUGAGAAGAGCUCUAAAAAACAGAAAGAACACGGCUCCAGGGGCAUUUAGAUCAACACCGACAAAUGCGUUAUUAACAGAAACAGGAGAACCUCCUCUGAGCAUAAGAAGAGAAAUUCUAGCAAACAGAUUCUUGAUGAAAAAACUUAAUGGAUCAUGUAAAUUAUUACCCAAACAGUUAGAAAAUCUAGCAAGAUUACAUUACUCCACACGCUACUGGACAAACAAACCAGCUCCAUCACUAAUAAAUAGUUUUUAUACAAUUAAACCUCACGAAGAGAACAUCAUAAUCAAUGAUAAAACUCCAUAUUACAUCUACCCACCGCUAAACGAUUACAUUAAACCAUACAUCGAUAUAGAUGAGAGCACAAAUAUAGCAAACACGGACAUAUAUAUACGUGAUUUAGAACGUCAUAUCAACUCAAAUUGGCCGGAUUAUUUGCAAAUCUAUACUGAUGGCUCUAAAACAUUAGAGGGAACCGGAUGUGCCAUACAUAUCCCAAGAAUCCAUUACAGUAACAAAGUAAGACUUCCAAACUAUACAUCCAUAUUUUCGGCGGAACUUAUAGCGAUAUACACUGCCGUAAAAUAUGUGAAUGACAAUAAUAUUAACAAAUCUUUGAUACUAAGUGACAGCAAAUCAAGUCUAACAGCCAUAAAACACGCCAAUAAACAUUCAAACAUAAUAAUAUAUAAAAUUAUAGAAAUCAUAAAGAAAAUCAAUACUGAUGAUAAAUCCAUGAUUCUUCUUUGGAUAAAGGGUCAUUCUAAUAUAAAAGGCAAUGAGAUGGCAGACAGUCUAGCCAAAGAAGCAUGCACGAGCGGCGAUCAAUUUGCGAAAACUCCUGCGCUAGAUUUAAAACAUUUAAUAAAACAACAAGGUUUGGAACUAUGGCAGAAGUCUCACUCAGAAACAACAAAGACAAAAGGAUCCACAUACGCACUAACGAGAGAGAUUGUUUCACCAAACACAUGGUUUAAAAAUAUAGAAGAAAGUCGAAAUUUUAUUACAGUAAUCUGCAGAUUGAGACUCGGACACUCCUACUGCAAAUCGCAUCUGAAGAGAAUUGGUAUCAUACAGGAUCCAAAGUGUGACUGUGGAAGCAUAGAAACACUCGACCAUUUAUUUUGGGAAUGCAGGCAUUAUCAGCAGGAAAGAUCGAAAUUAGUUAGGAAUUUGCAAAACGUGAGGAUUGUUUUUCCCAUCAAUAUACAGAUGCUUAUUUCAACAUAA